GCAUGAGAGGUGGGGCAAGCCCUGCCAUAGAGGUCUGCCCGUCUUCUCUGUGCUUGGGGUUCUCCUGGGUUUUGAGGAGAUGGGAAGGCUGCAUACAGGUGUGGGCCUCAGGAGUGGCUGCCCAGCAUGCAGACUGAGGUUGUGACUUUCUGGUGCCUUCUUGCCCACACCCCCAUGAACCAGCUGAACGUGUGAGGACAUCACCAAGGCUUCGUGGGUGACACCAGAUCUUGAAUUUCAUGACUCUAAUUUCUUUCCUUUUAUUUAUAAGUGCUUAUGCUAUUUAUUGGAAUGUUGGUGCAUUGUUGUUACAGUUUACAAAAGUUCCUCAUUUUAUUUUGCUACAGGAGAAAGGAACCUUUAUUUUGUAGAUGAGAAAACUAGAGAAUGUCUUGUCCAAGGUCACAAAGGCAGAUAAAAACUGGGCUUCCUGCCUACCUGCCCCCCCCUCCCACUGAGGCCUCCGCUCUAGGACCAAAGCUUCAGGAUGAGGUUCUCACUUUGUAGUCCUGGCUAGCCUGGAACUCACUAUGUGGAGCAGACUAACCUCGAACUCACAGAGGUUUGCCGGUAACCUAACUCUGAAGCCCCAAUUGCCCAGCUGUUUCUGGAUAGCCCCCGUUUUCCCAGUCUGCUUACAGGAUCUUGCUGACUUGCUGAGUAGGAAGUGCCCUCCAAUGGCAUCUCCUCUGUCCCCUACCUGCCUUCCCUGAGCCUGUCUGUGCCUGAGAUGCCCUUAGGUUCCUAAGCCACCAGUGGGGCCUGAUGGGAAGAACCUGGCUCAGAACCCUCCUUAAUCUCUAGAGACUUCAGUUGACUGUGUUGUGAAGCUGGGCCAUCGCUGCCUUCUCACUGGAUAGGGCAGAGGGCACGUGCCAGGAAGUAUUUUGGAAAUGAGUGAACAGGUACAGUGGAUAUUCAGAAGAGAAACUUCUUGUUUCGUGAAGAGCCACCAUAGUGGGUUCCCGCCUCCACCCUCUGAGACUUAUGUACCUAGACUGGUCUUGAAUUCAUUAGUAGAAUGGCAUUAACUUCUAAUCCUCCUGCCUCCACCUUUUGAAUGCUGGACUUGUAGGUAUGUACUUGUUUUAUUUGGUGCUGGCAAUCAAACCAAAAAUUUCUUGCAUUCUAGGUAAGCAUUUUACCAACUGAGCUAUACCCCAGCCCUUCUGGGUCUGAGAGAGAGGCUCCUUCAUAGCCCUACCGCCCAGACCCAGAGGCCUGCUUCAGUCUUGCAUAGAACAAGCGGAGGAUUUGUGGUGGAAACAAUGGCACCCUAGACUGGCUGGGCCCACCUCAGUCCUGCAUUUUCGCGUUCUGUCACCGUUACUGCGGGAGAGGUCGAGGCACUGGGCCUCCCUCCAGCUUGUAUGGAUAAAGCUUCCUGGGGAGUUCAAUUUGUAAGAGACUUGCCCAGGCCUGGGCCUGGGUUAGGAAGGAAGCUCACAGGGAGUCCCGGACCCAGAUUCUCUCCCCUGGUCACCCACCCUCCAGACUCCUUGGUGCUGAGUGCUUCUUCCAAUGGUGCCAUCUUUGCAAGGGUCAGCUCUGAAAAUGCCCUCCCUUUUAAGCGGGAGAAAAAGCUCUCAGCUUGGCAUUUGAGCCCUUUCGUAUGAAUUUCUUGGCCCCCACACAUUCCAUGCCACCACACAGGAUCUCCUGGCACUUCUUCAACAGCCUGUACCCUCACCCUCUGAGUCUUGGCUUGGGCUUUCUCCCUCCCCAUCUCUGUCUCUUUGACAACCCCAAGUUAUCUAUUAAGGCCAGCUCCUUGGGGAAACUUCCGCUAACCACUUCCCCAGGAUACAGGUUGCUCCAGUCUCUGUGACCCUGAGUUCCUAGUCCCUGUGUUCCCUUUGGAUAUGGUUGUAUCUCCUAAGAUAACCUGUCCAUCCCUGUGUACUCCUCAGAGGGCCUGGCAGAAUUCCUCCUCUGAAGCUCUGCGUUUGCAGACACUGGCUUUUGAGUUUGCUAGAGCUUUGUGGCUUGUGAGUUUCUGUUGUGUUACUCUGAGCACAAACUCCUCGGGUUCUGAGAUUCUCAGCCAAGGCUUUUUGGAGCCACAAGAAGCAGAGCUUUGAACAUAGCCCCUGCUUCGGCAGGUGAACUGGAGGAACAGCAUGGGAUUCAGGCACUCUUGGAAUUAGACUCAGAGAGUCACUGCCCGGAGGAGGGUCUGUCUCGUCACCUUCUGUGCAUCCUGUGAUAUGAACCUGGGUUCUCCCAUCUCAAGCUGGAUGCUUCCUGCCCCUCCCUAGUCAUAGCUUGGACCAUGACCUCUGUCUCUCUGCUGGGGACCCAGAGCAGACCUCCUGAUGAGAAGUGUUGUACUACCCCAGAAUUCAGCAUUUUCCUGCCAUGAUGGGAAGAUAGUGCCUGCAACCCCGGACUGUGCAUAUCUUCUCCCCGUGGGCCCCACCCCCACUGCUCCCUGGUCUUGAUCAUUCUUCAUGAGCUACUCUCAUGGACCUGUGACUCUUCCAGUUUGACCAGUAAAGAACUCACACUCGGGGACUGGGUAUAACUUGACCCAGACUGCACAGCAUAACAGGCUCCAAGUUGGGUCUUGUUGGAGGCACUCAGGUGUGCUUGGCUGGGGUGGAGUCUGGGUUCUUGUGGUUCUGAGCCCAUUUAGCCCAUCUCUGAAGGAAGCCCUGUGUUGCACUCGGCAGAGCUGGGUCAGGUAAAAUCCAUGAUUUGGAGUCCUGCCUUGGCUAGGUAGGCCCUUUCUCCUUGGAGUCUCUGUUUUGUGCUCUGUGGAGGUCUUACACCACAGACUCACCACCUGAUACCAUCAGAGGUCACCCCUGAGCUGUUCCCCAGACCAGGCCUGGUGUAAUACACCAGGCACAGCUGGGGGAAUUGCUGUCCUCUAACCCUGUGGAGGAUGUUUGGAAAGGGACAGACAGGCAAUGACUUCUAGGUUCCUAACCCUGUGCUGCUUAGAUUGCCUGUACUAUGCUCAAACCGCAGGUUGCUUCGAGUUCAGGUCAUCUUGCCCAGAUUUGUGCUCACUCUCCCUCCACCCACCUAACACCACUGCAUCUUUCUAACCACAAGUCAGGUGCCUCUUCUCCAGGACACCUUCCGGAGGAGGGGCCUCCCUCCCCACUACUGCUGCCUCCUUUCCCAGCAGGGCCUCCUCGGCUUCCUUCAGGCCUGAGCGGCUUGAGUUGUUACUGUCUGUUUCUGGGUGUGUCUCCCUGACCCCUGACCUUGAUAACAAACAUCCGGAGAUCAGCGAAGACACUGUAAUCUCAGAGCAACCGAGGACAAACCUAAGAACGCAGUGUUGGUGUGCUGUGCAGUGGAUUGCUGCGGGCUCUGGACCUCCUUCUCCUGAGGAUGGGUCUGGGAGUGUGAGGAGCCCUCCAGGCAGCUGCUGGCCCUGAAAAAUGCUGGAGGCAGGGCACAGCCCCUGUCCAGGAACCUGUUCUUCCUGUUUCCUGCUUCGGUCCCAGCAGCUGGUCCAGGCCUGAGCAUUUAUGAGUGAAAAACUGGAGCCCACACCGAGCAUCCUCACUGCACCAAGAGCAAGACUGAUCAGGUUCUGCAGCCAGACAACUCUCAGUGUCAAGCCUAGGGUUCCAGUUCCUUCCAGUAUAACCAAAACAGAGAGCUUAACCUCUAGGACCAUGGCAGCAGACGUGGACUCCUGGAACAGCACCAUCAAUGGCACCUGGGAGGGGGAUGAACUGGGCUACAAGUGCCGCUUCAACGAGGACUUCAAGUACGUGCUGCUGCCCAUGUCCUACGGCGUGGUGUGUGUGCUCGGGUUGUGCCUGAACGUUGUGGCUCUUUACGUCUUCCUGUGCCGCCUCAAGACCUGGAACGCCUCCACCACGUACAUGUUCCACCUGGCGGUUUCUGACUCUCUUUACGCAGCCUCUCUGCCGCUGCUGGUUUAUUACUAUGCCAAGGGGGACCACUGGCCGUUCAGCACAGUGCUCUGCAAGCUGGUGCGGUUCCUCUUCUACACCAAUCUCUACUGCAGCAUCCUCUUUCUCACCUGCAUCAGUGUGCACCGGUGCCUGGGUGUCUUGCGCCCUCUGCACUCCUUGCGCUGGGGCCGCGCCCGCUAUGCCCGCCGUGUGGCUGCGGCGGUGUGGAUUCUGGUGCUGGCCUGCCAGGCCCCGGUGCUCUACUUUGUCACCACCAGUGUACGGGGGACCCGCAUCACCUGCCACGACACCUCGGCCCGAGAGCUCUUCAGCCAUUUCGUGGCCUACAGCUCCGUCAUGUUGAGUCUGCUCUUCGCUGUGCCCUUUUCCGUCAUCCUUGUCUGUUAUGUACUCAUGGCGCGGCGGCUGCUCAAACCGGCUUAUGGGACCACAGGUCUGCCUCGGGCCAAGCGCAAAUCUGUGCGCACCAUUGCCCUGGUGCUGGCCGUCUUUGCCCUCUGCUUCCUGCCUUUCCAUGUCACCCGCACCCUCUACUACUCCUUCCGAUCGCUUGACCUCAGUUGCCACACCCUCAAUGCCAUCAACAUGGCAUACAAGAUCACCCGGCCAUUGGCCAGCGCCAACAGUUGCCUUGACCCUGUGCUCUACUUCCUGGCAGGGCAGAGACUUGUCCGUUUUGCCCGAGAUGCCAAGCCACCCACAGAACCCAUCCCCCGUCCCCAGGCUCCCCAGGCUCGUCGCAGGCUGGGCCUGCACAGGUCUCACAGAACUGACACAGCCAGGAAAGAUGUGUCGAUCAGCAGUGAUGACUCAAGACGGACAGAGUCCACUGCAGCUGGGAACCAGACUAAGGACAUUAGACUAUAGGUCGGAGCCCUCAGGCGUGCUCGUGUUCACGUGAAUGGGCCCAUGUCCUCCGAUGCGGAUGGUCAGCGAUUCUCAUUUGGCAACAGCUCAGAAUACUCAUCCUGUGGACCCCAAAGUCCCCGAUCAUUUAUCUGUGUGAGUCGGGAAAUCAUACUUUAAGGAAGGCAUUGACACCUGACUCCCAUGCAGACAGCUGCCAUUCCUGCCAAGGUUGGGGUUCAGGAAGGCUGUUUCAGCCUCAUAAAUCCAAGGGAGGCACAAGCCCAGAGAAGACACAGCAGAAUCCAGGCUAGCUACCUGAAGUAGGAGUGGGAUCUCGUAAGUGAGCAGCGCUGAGUCCCCAUCGUUGCUUGGGAUGGAAUUGGCACUCCAGUGGACUGGGCUCAAAGGAAGACCCUAAGACCAAGAGACAAACACUUGAGGACUGGUUUCAGAUCCAUCUGGAAGCCGGGUAGAAGCCAUAACUUAUAUCAAAGAUCGUGCCGCCUGUCGGGCUGUGCUCCUCCGCAUGAUGAGAGGUCAGGGCCUGGCCGGGGAAGCGUUCCUCACCUAUGCAAAGGCCAGUUAUUUCUGACUACUGUCUCCCGGAAGUUUCUGUCAGGGAUCCCUCUUCAGACCCCCAGGUCAACCCUGCUUUUAAGCCUCCUGUCUUCUGUAUUGUACUUUGCCAAGAACGGAGAAGAAUCAAGUAGGGGUCUAGUUCUUGGGGUUUCUCAGUUCACACAACUUCACACAUGCCGGUAAAUGUCAAACCAUUUAACUGAGCUGGGAGGGAGCCCUUUAUUUAUAGUAUGGCCGAUUGUGGGGCAAGAAGCCCCACCGUGGCCAGUCAGAUUUCAGCUUCCAAUUACCAGCACAAUGGCAGCCUCUGCAAAAUUCCUAAAAAUUUUGCGGGGAGUGGGAAGUUAGCGUUGCUGGUUAGAUGGGAUCUCAGGUAACCAUUGGUGGCCUCAAAUUUGCCAUGUAGUUGAAGCUGAGCUCGAACUCUUGUCUUCAUCUCCUAAGUGCUUGGACUACAGGCAGACGCCACAUCUAUCCCAACAACUGGUUCUUAAAAGCAGGUGCAGGGUACUUCAUUACAAACCACACUGUGUAGCUAGGACUGUGUGACCCCUGGGCAGGGAGGGUUCCCUAGAAUGCCAGGAAGUGGACAGGCCAGCUCUGGGGUUUAGGCAGGAACAGACACAGUUGACAGGUCUCACUUGGCCUCAGGGACAGGAGGUCCCUGUCUCCCCAUCUCACCUUGUCUGCCUCCUACAUCUCCCCCACCACCACCACCACCAUUAAAGGCGAGGCAUCCCCA